AUGCCCCUUCUUUUCGUGAUACAACAGAUGAUGCUGCUGUGCACCGCAUGUCCCAUUCCUCACGGCCCGAAGCAGCUUUCACUUGCAAGGCCAAACCAAGCGCAAACGUUGCUACCGCACGUCAGCAUCGGCGUAUUGCACGGACAUCAAGCAGCAACCAUGACUCAAGGCCAGAAGGGUACAAGAGCACGGCCCGAAGCAGCUUUCGUCAGUGGGCACGGCAACCGUCCGAGCGACAAGUCAUCUAACAUGCCCCUUCUUUUCGUGAUACAACAGGUUAGUGAAGGCGAUUGCAUGUGUUUCAAAUCUGACAACCGAUGUAUUAUUGUUCUGCCGUGCCCACGAGUGUUUUUUGCCUGUGCCUUGCAGUGUCGGGAUAAUUUAUUCUUGCUUCUUUCUGGGGACGUCGAGCUAAAUCCGGGCCCGGAUACAACACUAGAAAAAAUGAUUAAACAAGUUCUUGAAAAUCAAAAGCAAAUGAGUAGUGAAAUUAAAGAAGUGAAGGAAAACCAGGUUACGUCCCAACAAAGACAGGACGAAAUGGCUGCAAAGAUUACCCGCCUUGAAACGGCUCUAGACGCCCUCCAGAAGAGCAAUCAAGAUAUUGUUCAGCUACGGGGAACAGUUCAAAAGUUAGAAGAACUAGUUCACAUACAACAGACUAAAAUAACAGAUCUUGAAGAUAGGACAGGGGACGCCAUUUCUGCCUUCUCCGCCUCAACCUUGGGAGCUGCCCUAGUUCCAAUCGUCGAUGCCAAGGCCGGUCUCGCCCCACACGGCCAGCAGUCUCAGCAGUUCCUGUCACAGAGCUCUAAACGCGAUCUUUUCGAACGUCAGCACUGUCUCGAACAUCCACAGACGCGGCAAGAGAUCGCAUCUAGCAUCGCCUGA